UGCUUCAACUAAAACAGAGCACUGCAAGAACUAAUACACUUAACUCCUCUCUCCUUUGAAUUGGCAACUCUCUCCCUUUUUUUUUUUUUCAUUUGGCCGGCAAUCCUUCCCUUCUUCCAUCACUAUACCAAAACCUUACGAUACUUCCCUAACAAAUUUUCCAUAUGAGCAUCUCAUAUUUCAAGGAGAAAACAUAGAUGUGAGACUAAAAUCAGUCGCUUUCUGGCAGAAAUUUGCACAAGAAAGUGACAGUAUUCAAAGUGCAAGAUGAUAGGGAAUUUUGUGCUUAUUGGGAUCAUUGCAAUUGCCGUAACUAUAAUAGCUGUUGCAUCAUUGUAUUUACUGAAAAGGAAAUCUAGGAAAGUUCCUGCAAAGGAGAUUCAUGCAAUUCAUUCAAUUUCUGUUUCUGAAGCGCUGAUGCUUCAAGAGAAUGACUGUAAGGAAAUUCCUAUCAAAGAGAUUUAUGCUGCAACCAACAAUCUACAUAUCCAUAACUUUAUUGGUCAAGGCGUCGCUGGAAAGGUGUAUAAAGGUGUCCUUUCCAAUGGAUGGCAUGUUGCAAUUAAGCAUAUCGUUAAGGAUGGGCAAGCUGAGACCUUUCUAAGAGAAGUUACUAGCCUUUCGCAUGUUAGGCACCCUAACCUUGUGAUUUUGCGAGGAUACUGUGAAAAAGAAUUUGAGUGCUUCCUCGUUUACGAGCUGUGUGGGAAUGGCAGUCUUUCUGAAUGGCUUUUUGGAAGGGAAAAAGUUCUUUCAUGGCAUCAGAGACUUAAGAUAGCUAUUGGCAGUGCUCGUGGCCUUCAUUUCCUCCACACAUUUGAAGGAGGGUGCAUAGUUCACCGUGAUAUCAAGCCAACCAACAUUCUCCUAGAUGACAACUUCGAAGCCAAACUUUCUGACUUUGGCUUAUCCAAAUUCAUAGACGUUGGGGUCUCUCAUGUCAGCUCUGAAGUAAGAGGAACCUUUGGCUAUGUCGACCCUGAAUACAGACAAAACCACCAUGUAAAUGCAGCAGGAGACGUUUACAGCUUCGGGAUGGUUCUGCUCCAGAUUAUCUCAGGGAAAAGAGUGAUUGGUCUGGACAUAACAAUGCCAGCUUCAUUGCACCAAAUGGCUAAGACUGUUAUGAACGGAGGAAACACUGCAGAAUUUGUAGAUCUAAGAAUGAAUGGAGAAUUCUCAAUGGAGGCUUUCAACCUGGUUCUCAAAGUCGCCAUCUCUUGUACUGCCCACAGGCUACAGCGGCCAUCAAUGGGGGAAGUUAUUAAAAAGCUAGAGAAAGCCCUGGAAAUUUCAGCAAGAAACAAUGAAGCUUUUUCUGUAAGCUUUGCGUGAUCUCGAGUACAACUGAACUGGCACUUUGCUGAUAGGAUCUGUACUGCUACAAGAAAGAGCUACUUUGUAAUGUGAAUGUAAAUUAUGAAAGUGGAGGAUGCGAAAUAGCUUCUGUGUCUUCUUAUAGAAGAUCUGCUAAAUGUUUUUUUGCUUUGCCACUUUUGAACAUUCUGAUAGAUAUUAGAUUGAUUAAACCAUUGUGGGUGCAACAUAUCAUCAUGUAGA